AUGCCAUCCGAAUCAUCCUCUUCCGAGAGACGCAAAGCUGAAGAAAAAGCCAAAGCGAAGAAGAAAGAGGAAGAAGAAUUGAAAGCGAAGAGGAAAGCUUACUUGAAGAAAUGCGAUCCGUCAACUGUAGAUGAAUUGAUGACAGGGGACGAGACGGGUAAGAAAUGGUUUGAGGAAGGGAAAUGGAGACCUGGUUGGGCGGAUGUAGAAUUUGACGAAGAUGCAUGUUUAAAGAAUGUAUUGAAAAAUAAAGCUGAUGGGUUCUACGCACCUGCCGGCACUAUAUUACCUCUAGGAGCUCAAAUGCAAGAAAUGACCGUACUGAAGUAUGGAGGCUACUUCCCAGAAGGUACUUCCUUCCCCGGUGGAGUGUCUGUGCCUCUACACGCGAGGAUGGUCAAUUUAUUACCUGAAGAGACCAAACCCAAACACGAUCCCAUAAUCGAUGAGUCUCUGUGUUCCGUGCAGUGA